AUGAUCCUAGGCGCAGGGGGCGGCGACACGAACAGCCCCGAGCUGGGAAAACACGGCAAUUCCGAGGGUCCCGCACAGGCGCUCACCGGAGGAAGGCCGGCUGGGAAGGUAGCGGCGGCUGUCGUUAACCGGAAGGGAGCGCGCUUUACGGCUCUGCGUGCGAUCGACUUCCGCCCCUCGGGAGGCGGCGCGCCCGCGCCGGCGGUUCUGCGGCCGCAGAUUCGUCUGCCGGGCGGGUGCGGCCUGGGCUCCCAGCGCCUCGGCGGGUUUGGUGGGGUGCACUGUGGGAUGCACAGGCCUUCCCGCCUGCAGACUGGAGCGGACCCCGCCGGGCGGCCCAGCCCCCUGCCCGCAGACAGCGCGUGCACAAGAGCCCGCCUGGCCGCACGCACGCGCAUCAGGAGCACCAACGGCUGCCGGCCCGACGGGUACCGCGCGUCCCUGCUGGCUGCCGCCGUGAGACCCCACGACCCCCAGGCCACCCCGCUCCAGCCAGGCAGGCCGGAGACCCGGGGUCACGGGCGUCGUGGAAUACUGCCUUCCCUGCUGUGCCGGCCCCCAGAGUCCGCCCCAAGGUCAGCUUGCUCCGUGGCCAGGUCAGGAAAAGCUGAGUCCCGGCAGGGAGGUUUCCACAUCUGGAAAGUAACGGCAGCCUGCGGGAAUUGGGAGGAUCACACAGAUUCAACGCCCAUUUUCUUCCUCGCCUGCCCUGCCUGCGUUGUGUUGCAUCUGGUGGGUGGUCGUCAUUUAUCUCACGGACCUCUGAUGAAGGAAAGUGGCUUGUUUCCAAUCUUUUGCUGGUAUGCAGAAGGCCGCAGUGCAGGACCAUGUGCAGAUGUCAAAGUGUGGAGGUGUUUCCGUGGGAUAAAGUCCCUGAACGGGGAUUGUUGAACCAAAGGGGACUUACAUUCAUAAUUUUGAUACGUGUGGCCAGACUGCCU